AUGGCAAAUAUAUUACAAAAAGAUAAAAGAUUCUUUUUAUAUCAAGAACCACCUCCAGGAUACAUUGCAGGUUUUGGUAGAGGGGCUGUAGGUUUUACAACUAGAUUAGAUAUUGGUUCAGCAAGAAAUUCAGAUAUACCAGGUUUUGAAGAUAAAAAAGGUGGUGGUGGUGGUGGUAGAGAAGAUAGAAAUUCAGGUAAUGAUGAUGAUGAUGAUCAAUCAGUAUAUGGUGGAAGUAAAUUUGAUGAAUUUGAAGGUAAUGCAAGUGAUAAAUUUUAUGACUCGAAUAAAUCAUAUGAUCAAGAUGAUAAAGAAGCUGAUGAAAUUUGGGAUGCAAUCGACUCUAAAAUGGAUUCACGUAGAAAAAAGAGAAAAGAUGAAAAGGAGAAACAAAGACAACAAGAACAAAAAUCAUCACGUCCAAUUAUUCAACAACAAUUAUCAGAUUUAAAACAAGAUUUAUCAACAAUCACAGACGAUCAAUGGUCAUCACUACCAGAUGCCGGUAAUAUUAGUAGAAGUGGCACCGGAAAAAAGAGAUAUGAUAUAUACACUCCUGUACCAGAUUCAUUACUCGAAAGAGCAAAAGCAGAAAACGAAACCUAUUCAAUCUUACCAACUGGUGUUGAUAAUUCAUCUGGUACUACCACUACUGAUUUAACUCAGGUUGGCUCUGCUAGAAAGACUGUAUUAGAUUUAAAGUUACAUCAAGUUUCAGAUUCUGUAAGCGGUAAAACAUGUGUAGAUCCCAAAGGCUAUCUUACUGAUUUGCGUUCAAAACGUAUUGCCAGUGAUACUGAAAUUGGAGAUAUUAAAAAAGCACGUUUACUAUUUAAAUCUGCCACAACUUCAAAUCCUAAACAUGCUCCCGGUUGGAUUGCUGCUGCCAAACUUGAGGUAUUAGCUGGUAAAAUGGCUGAUGCUAGAAGAAUGAUAGCUCAAGCUUGUAAAGAAUGUCCAGAAAAUGAAGAGGUUUGGAUUGAAAAUGCCAAUCUUCAAACUCCAGAUAAUGCCAAAAUUGUUUUAGCUCAAGCAGUUUCUAUCAUCCCCCAUUCAGUUAAAAUUUGGUUAUAUGCUGCAAAUUUAGAAAAACAAUUGAAAAUGAAAAAACGUGUACUUCGUAGAGCACUGGAGUUUAUUCCAACAUCAGUUAAACUUUGGAAAGAAGCUGUAGAAUUAGAAGAACCAGAGGAUGCACGUAUUUUACUUGGUAGAGCUGUUGAAUGUGUUCCUGAUAAUGUAGAUUUAUGGUUAGCAUUAGCAAAUUUAGAAACCUAUGAAAAGGCUCGUGAAGUAUUGAAUAAAGCUCGUCAAGCCAUACCAUCAAGUCCAGAAAUUUGGAUUUCUGCAGCUCAAUUGGAAGAGUCUAAAGGAAAGAAUGACAAUGUAAAUAAAAUUAUUAAAAAAGCUAUCAAAUCACUCUCAUCAAAUAUUAUGGUUAUGAAUAGAGAAAAAUGGAUCGAAGAGGCUGAAAAAUCAGAAAAGAAUCAAUAUUACGCAACUUGUCAAGCAAUCAUUUUUGAAACUAUAGGUAUGGGUAUCGAAGAGGAAGAAAGAAAAAGAAUAUGGGUAUUGGAUGCUGAAGAGUGUCUUUCAAGAGGUUCUAUUAAAACUGCAAAUGCAAUUUAUGCUCAUAUUCUCUAUGUAUUCCCAAAUAAAAAGAGUGUAUGGCUCAAAGUUGCUCAAUUGGAAAAAGCCCAUGGUACCAAAGAAAGUUUAGAUCAAACAUUAGAAAAAGCCACAAAAUCUUGCCCUCAAUUUGAAAACCUCUGGUUAAUGUAUGCUAAAGAAAAAUGGAUAUCUGGUGAUGUCAUUAAAGCUCGUGAAAUUCUCGCCAAAGCUUUCCAAUCCAAUCCUGGUAGUGAGAAUAUUUGGGUCGCUGCCGCCAAGAUUGAAUCUGAAAUGAAUGAUCUUAAAGCCGCUAGAACCCUAUUAAAGAAAGCAAGAGUUGUAGCCGAUACCGAACGUAUUUGGAUGAAAAGUGCUCUUUUGGAGCGUGAAUUGGGUAAAGAUUCAGAGAGUGAAGGUACUUUAAUUCAAGAUGCUCUUGUUAAAUACCCAUCUAGUUUUAAACUUUGGUUAAUGAAGGCCCAAUUAGAAGAAAGACUUAAAAAAGAUAUAGAAACCAUUCGUCAAACAUACAAAAAUGCCACUGUUAAAUGCCCAAAGAAUAGUUCAGUUUGGAUAGAAGCCUCACGUUUUGAAGCACGUAAUCAAAAUUUCAAUAGAGCCAGAGCAUUAUUAGAACAAGCAAAACUCAAAAAUCCAACCGAUGAGGAUAUCAUUUUAGAACUUGUUCGUUUCGAAGCCUCAUUAGAUAAUAAAAAGCAAGCAUUAACUAUUCUCUCUGCUGGUCUUCAAUUGUGUCCAAAAUCCGGUAAACUAUGGGCCGAAUUAAUCGCUAUGGAACCUAGACAUUCCCAAAAGAACAAAUGUGUUGAUGCCUUAAAUCGUUGUAAUAAUGAUCCCUAUGUUUUCACUCAAGUUUCAAAAAUAUUUUGGUUUGAUAGUAAAUUAGAUAAAGCUAAACAAUGGUUUCAACGUGUUACUACUACUUUCCCUUCGUUUGGUGACGGUUGGGCAUAUUACUACACUUUUGUUUUAAAAACCUCUCAAAACUCUGACGCUGAAGCAAAAGAAAUUUUAAAUAAAUGUAUAGAGGCCGAACCAAAUCUUGGUGAACAAUGGAUCAAAGUUUCUAAACAAAUUUAUAACUCUCAUUUAAAAACCGAACAAAUUUUAAAACAAGUCUCUUUAAAUAUCUCAAAAUCAAUUUUAAUUCAACAACAUCAACAACUAAAAAAAUAAAUAUUAAUUUUUUAUUUAUAU